CAAGGUUGGAGGUUAUCUGGACAUGUGUAGAUACCCACAACUGCCGCCUCUUUUUAGUGAUAAAUUAGAACUUUGCUCUGUUUAUUGUGCAACACUUAUUUUCCGCGCCGGUGUGUGAGUGCUGCGUGUCCGUUAGCGUCCACCCUGCGUGUAUAUGAGUGACAGCAACGCAGACGCUGAGCGGAACGACAGUCCUGCUACAGACAACCACCCCGCGCUGCUCGACUGCUGCGGAGGGCUCAACAACGUCGAUUAUUCCAAGAUGGACUUGACGCUGUUGGAAGCCUUCCUAAAACACAUUCAUGUUUACGACUCCCGCUUGUGUAUUGCUGUGAUUGCCAUCCUUUUUAACCCUUUAUUUUGGAAUGUGGUGGCGAGAUGGGAGCAUCGUACACGAAGACUCUCGGGGCUCUUUGGUAGCCCCUACCUGGCCUGUUGCUGCUUGGGCUUCGUCAUUAUACUGCUAAACAUUUACCGCAGCCACAGUAUGACAGUGGCAAUGAAGGCCCAGGCCAGGUGGGAGGUGAUGGAGAGGACGGAGGUUUUCUACGCUGGGAUAGGUCUUAUGGUGUUUGGUACCCUUCUCGUAGUGAGCAGCUUCCUCGCUCUGGGAUUCACCGGAACCUUCCUAGGUGACUACUUUGGCAUUCUGAUGGAUGAGAAGGUAACAGGCUUUCCUUUCAACAUCACAGAGAACCCAAUGUACUGGGGCAGCACAGCUAACUACCUCGGCUUGGCACUCAUUGGUGCCAGUCCUGUCGGUCUAGUUCUUACUGCCAUAGUGGCCUUGGCAUACAAGGUGGCAAUAAGCUUUGAAGGACCAUUCACUGAACAGAUCUAUCGAGAGAGGAGUCUGCGCCACAAGCAUGAAUAAUUUCCCCCGGACACGUCCUAUUUCGGGUUCAGAUGAGGAUUCCCUCCGGUGUGAACAGACUGAGAGCCUUGGUCAUUAUUUGACCUCCUCCAUGGAUACGAAGGAAACAUCCCCACUACUGAUUCGUGUGUUUUUCUGUUAGUUCAAAGUGAUUUUGUGAAAGGGGAAUCUACAUGCAGGCUUUUUUCUGAUCCUGUCACAUGUCAGUCCUUUUGAGAUCGAGAAUCCAAAUAUCGAUAGUAUCGAUUCAAACGCUGGUUUAGUAUCGGAUUAAUAAUUUGCUUCUAUCCCCACAGUUCAGUGUGUAACCCACUUAAUUGUGUUAAAUAAUUAUUUUUUUUGUAAAUUAAAAAUAUACCUCAAAC